AUGGCCGACAUCACGGCAGUGUUCAACACGGCGCUGAAAUCUCACAAUGCGCCUCCGGCCACAUUACAUCGCUACUCGAUCGACCGACUUGACGAGUUUCUGAAAGAAGCCUACAGCAUUAAUGCUCGUAUAGCAGAUCUUACUGCAUACCUUCGGGCUGUCAGACCUUCAUAUCUAUCCACCGCUCCUGCACCUCGACGACCACAACGACAGAACUCUUCCGACCACAAAUCUACUCAGGAUGCAACACAACGACAUCUGUCCGAUACAGAAAGAGCUUCCAUCGAUGCCGAAGCAAAGACAGUACUGCGACAGCUGCAUGCCGCUGUAGAACGUAUCAGCCAGACCGAACAGAUCAGGCAGGACACGGCGUCUCACAUUGCGCUCCGCAAACGCAACCAGGGUGGCUUAGGCGCGAUUGGAAGAUGGGCAGCUGGUGGAGCUGUCACUGCGAAGAGCGCUGAAGAAGAGGUCGAAGAGGCCAAGCAGAAGAUGCUCAACGCACAUCGAGAGAGUAUUGUGUGGUUUCUUCAGGCCAAGCUCAGAGAAGCCGGUACUCUUCAAAGCACAAUGAUGGAGAUCAGAAUACAGCGUGAGGUCGAAAAGAGCAAGAGUGUGCUAUACAAAGCGAAGAACAGCAGCAUGGCCUACUCCCAGAGCCUCGAUACUGUGUCAGACUCGGAAAAUACAGUCGCGCAGGGACAGGAGAGGGAAGUGCCACAGUUGAGUCAAGAACAGAUGGAGCUCUUUGCGCAGGAGAACCAAGACAUGAUGAAGCAUUACCAGGACACGCUGGACCAGGUCCGCACGGCGGAGCGGUCUCUGAUCGAAAUCUCCGAGCUUCAGUCAACGCUCGUCACCAACCUGACGGAGCAAAACGAGCAUAUCGAGCAACUGGUACAAGAUUCCUUCUUCACGACAGAAAAUGUCGGAAGGGGAAACAAAGAACUCAAGCGUGCGAGUGAGCGUACCAGCGGUGCAAGAGUUCUAUUCCACAGCACGUGUGCAUUCUGUGCCUUCCUCGUCGUGUGGGAUCUGAUAUUCUAG